AUGAGCACUGAGAAAAUGCACCAGGGUUCCCGAAAUGUGUCUCCCCAUAAAGCCACAGGCCAUCAGGCCCAGACAGACAAUGAGGUGCUUGUUCGCCUGGGCCACGAACAGGAACUACCCCGAAGCUUCUCAAUGUUCACACUAGCUGCUCUCUGUUCGUGUCUCAUGGCAACAUGGGAAGCACUGGCAAGCGUCUUGGCUACGGCUCUUGUGAGCGGUGGUCCACCUUGCCUGCUUUACAACUAUAUAGCUGCGUUCAUCUUUACUGCCUGCAUUACCGUGUCAUUAGCCGAAAUUGCAUCCAUAUAUCCGACAGCUGGCGGCCAAUAUCAUUGGGUGUCCGCUAUGAGCCCACCUUCGAAAAGGUCACUUCCAGCCUUCCUAACAGGUUGGAUAUCCAUUGGAGGCCAGACUUUAUUCUCCGCUUCUGCUGCGUUUGCUGGAGGACUCCAGAUGCAAGGCUUGAUCGUGUUAAACAAUGAUAGUUUUGUAUCGGAGCCUUGGCAAGGUGUGCUGUUCUACUGGGCCAUCUUGGCCUACUCAGCCGCAACUAAUAUUUGGGGCCUCAGAGUUCUACCUCAUAUCAAUACAGCUGCCGGUACGCACUACUACUCAGUCUUUAUACCUCUCUUUGUUACUUCACGCUCACUCGUGCUGGUUACCUUCAGGAGAUUCAUUGGGGUCGUUAUCACGUUGCUGGUAAUGGCGAACAAGAACUCAGCAUCAUUCGUCUUCACCGAUUUUGAAAAUAGCAGUGGUUGGGAAAGUGAUGGAAUCUCCUGGCUCGUAGGGCUGCAGAGCGCAGUCUUUCCAUUUCUCGGGCAACCUACUCUUGCUAUAGGAACUAUACUAAUACUUUACAGAUACGACGCGGCGUGCCAUCUGUCCGAGGAGCUGCCCAAUGCGAGCCGCAACGUGCCUCUUGCUAUGAUGUACAGCGUUCUUCUUAACGGUAUCACUGGAUUGGCUUAUUGUAUCGUCCUUCUGUUUGCGACCACGUCACUAGACUCGCUGUUGCAAACCCCCACCCAGUUUCCGUUCAUGGAAGUGUAUCUUCAAGCUACACAGUCCAGGGCCGGCGCCACUGUCUUGUCGGCUAUCAUCCCCAUCAUUGCUGCUGCUGCGAGUAUGGCCGGCUUAACAUCAAGUUCUCGGACUUUGUGGGCCUUUGCCCGUGAUAAGGCCACACCAUUCCACGAGAAACUGAGCAGAGUCGACGGCAAACUCCAUAUCCCGAAAAAUGCCGUGCUUACAUGUGUGGCUUUUCAAUGGGCCCUUGGCUUUAUUUAUCUCGGCAGCACGACCGCCUUCAACGCCAUCAUUUCCAUGGCCAUCAUUGGGAUGUACCUCUCAUAUCUGAUCCCGAUUGUUUAUAUGCUCCUCUAUGGUCGUAGGCAAAGCAUUAGUCAGAUAUCGAGAUACAUGAAGCUCCCCAACUGGCUGGGGAUUUGCCUGAAUGUAGCCUCCAUCGUGUGGAUGAUAGUUGCGAUCAUCUUCAGCACGUUCCCAAUCCUCAUGCCAGUCACAUCCACAAACAUGAAUUAUUCUAUUGUCGUCAUGAUUGGAUGGUUGUUUUUUGGUGUUGUAUAUUAUCUGUUUUGGGGAAGGAAGAAGUUUGAGGCUCCUAUGUCUGACACUUCUGUCAUUCUAACUACAGGGUAG